UUCUUUAUUUUAACAAUCUUCCACAGCUACUGCUACUUACUGUCCCCAUCCUUAUCAAUAUCCUUUAUUCUAGGUAGCCUUCGUGUCUGUUGUGCAUAUGGGUGUUGCUGGGCCUUUUGUCUUGUAGCUGAAUGCUUUUGUUAAAAUGAGAACACCACUGUGAACAUGGUGUUUUGCGUCUACAAAGAAAUAAACAUAGUGUAUCAUGUGACCUGUGCAGGCAUUAUGGACAAAAGACAUCUCGUGAGAACUAGACGUGUCCCUUACGUUACAAGAGUUAACAAAACGACCCCAAACAUUCUAUAGUCUUUUGUCACGUUUUGUGCCUCAUGAUUUGGCUCUCCUGUUAAAUCAGCUACUCUGUGUGCGGAUUAUUUAUUUAUUUCCAUAUCCUAAUUUGGAAGAGAAAACAAUUCAUUUUAAAUAUAUGUUAUACUCGCAGGUUUAAUUAUUUGGACCCGAGUGUGGUAUCACAGAGUAUUGCUGUGACAGGGGACAUUAAUUACAAACUGGAGCGGAGAGCAGCAUGUUGUAUAAAAUCUGUCAUUCUCUGUUCAAUGUUUACUACUGAAGAGUACAAGGGUCAAGUAUUGGGAUAAAAAUGAGAGGAGGAAUGAGAGGAGUUUGUCCUUUUACGUUUACGAGAAUAUGGUGGAAAUGUUGAUAUUAAAGUCAAACUAAAUCCGAGGAAGUUUGAUAUGUUCUUAAUGGUUUGACUUAAAUCUUAAAAAUGUCAAGUUUAUUCUUGACAAAUCAACUUUAGUCUCAGUAUUAAAAAUUGAAAAAUACAUACAUUCAAUUAGAGACAGGCAAGUUUUGAUACUGUACACAGCACUAACAGACGGGCGAUUUGUGUAUUUUCCCUUUGAGUAGCAUACUGUAAGUUUUACCUAGCAUUCAGUUUCACAAAUAGUUCCUAGAAAGAAAGAUGGAAAUUUCCUCCUUUGAGUUGUCACUUAACAUCUUUGUUUUAAAUAAGAACAAAACAAAUAUAAACUUUACAUAUUUUUUCAAUCAGUAUGAUUACUUUAGUUUCACUUUAUUCUUUACAUUUCCAUUUAAAAUGAAAAUCCACCGCCUCCUUUUUUUCUUUUAACUCUUCUUCCAUUGUUCCCUGUUAUCAAACAGUUUUCCCUGAGGACAAUGGUUUCAGAUGUCUGUUAUUAAGCCCUCUUUAUUCUUACCAGAUGAUCUUGUUUCUGCUUUGGUUCCUCAUUGGUCUUUACAGUCCAGGGGGGGUGGUCCGAUUUUCUUUCAUAACCAGAAAGUGAAUAAAUAGCUGCUUUUGACCAGGUGGCAAAUAUUCAACUUUGGAUGCCCAAAACUCAACACUCUACCAUAAUGAUUGUUCUUUCAGGGCUUGUAGGCCUCCUGCUGGUGCUGACAGCUGAGGCCAGAGUUGGAGACUCCUCUCAGUUGCAAUUCUGCACUGAGACAGAGGAGUGUCUGCUGUUUGAUCCUAUUUGUCAGAUUGGUGACGUGGAGGUUCGUAACUACAGCGCCGUGAAGUGGGUCUCAACUAGCGAGUCCUCCAUGUUAAUGGAAUUUGCUGCAAUGAAAAUGUUCAGACGACUAUUCGACUACAUCGGAGGAUCUAACGAUCCAGAAGUGGUAAUUGACAUGACAUCUCCGGUUCUGAUGACUAUGCCUCAGAAGAGUUGGUGGCAAACGGUUGUCUUCACAAUGAGUUUCUUGCUGCCAGAUAUGUAUCAGGAAAGCCCCCCCAAACCCACCAAAGGCGGGGUGGACAUCCUUGAGACGCCUGACAUGAGAGUGUAUGUGCUGAGCUACAGUGGAUGGAUGACGACCUACUCUAUCAACAAUGCCUUUGACAAGCUGUCCAAGAAACUGGACGCCAUUGGCGCAAGCUACAAGACAGACACCCGCUAUGCUGCGGGAUACAACAGUCCAAUGACCAUGAACGACAGGCACAAUGAGGUGAUGCUUGUCGUUGAGGGGGAACCUGUGUGUCCCAACCAGGACUGAACAGCUGGACCUUCACAUCAACUUCAAGUCAUAUUGUGUCACAUAAAAAAGCUUGUGGAGACAGCCCGGACUUGGAAAAUAAAGAACAAAAUUGAAAUCCACCAUGUGAUGAGGUUUUUCUGUUAAAGUCAAUAAAAUUACCUCCCUAAACUGA